GGAGUGGCUUUCUGCAGAUAGGCGCCCCGCUCCGCCAGGGUAAAGUCUUCACUCAGAGGCAGCUCAUGGGAGUGAAAAUAAAACAGAAAUUCUGACAUACAAACCAGGGAGGAAGAAGAGAAGACGAUAAAGACCCAACUUUAAACCCCCUUUUGUUCCAGUCAGGCUGUAUGAGGGUUUCACUCAACCAUGGCAUCAGCAGCUCCCCAAAAAAGGAUGGUGUCCUCUGUCUUCAUCACGCUGUCGUCCCCUCACCGAGCCACCGUGACACAGCAGCAGCAGCCUGCCCUCCACACCCAGAGUGGCUCUGCUGCAGACAGACAGCACACCGCUGCGAGAGUCUGCCCUCCAGGUGACAACCUCUCUGCCCUCAGGCAUAAAACAGAGGACCAGUCACCAUCCAACGCCCACGACUCUGGCAACAGCAAAAACUGGACUCAUGUAAGGCCCCCGGCCAAAGGUCCUGACCGUCUGAGUCAACCCCAACCUGACCAAACUGGACCCACCAAAAUAGAGGUGCAAGAGAAAAAUAGGAGCUCUUCAGAGAUCCUCCCUCCUCCUCCUCCACUUCCUGCUUCUGACAUGCUACCUUCAUUGUUCUCUGAAGAUUCAGCACUUCCACCACCUCCUCUAUCUUUGACAUCUUCCAUCCAUCCACGGAGUCCCGACGAACGGCCAGUUUUCAACAAAGAGGUAGAAGCAUUGUCACCAUUCAGAGGAUCGAAACAUAAUGAAACAACUAACGGGAUUCACAGAAACAGCCAAGACAUGACCACGGAAAGCAAAGACUUGUGUGGGUUCUGUCGGAAACCGAUGGCUCUUUCUGAACUUGCGAUAGAAGCCCUGAACAGGAUUUACCACGAGGGCUGCUUCCAGUGCAGAUCCUGCCACAUUCCCCUGGCUGGGAAACAGUACUACAAUAAGGCAGGAAUCCCACUUUGUGAAGGCUGCUAUCAGGCCAGUUUGGCGCUCUGUUGGACGUGCGGGGAGAUUAUCACAGACCAGAUUAUCCGUGCAAUAGAGCGAACGUACCAUCCCUCCUGCUUUACCUGCACAACAUGUAAACAGCAAAUUGGAGCGCAAGCUUUUGCGCAGGGGGAGGUUGGUGAAGUAUACUGCCUCCAGGACUACUACAGGAAAUAUGCUCCAAAGUGUAGUGCCUGUGACCAACUCAUCAUUCCUAAGGAAGAUGGUACCGACAGCUACACUGUUGAGUGUCUGGGGCACUCCUAUCAUGAGAACUGCUACAGAUGUGAGGUCUGUGGCAUCCAGCUCUCCCCUGAACCAAACGAGCAUGGCUGCCAUCCUUUGGAAGGGAAAAUGUUGUGCAAAGCCUGCCAUGUGAACCUGGUGUCUGGGCAACAGUAACAUCAGCUGAACUGCAAUCAAGAAAACCUGUGUGUUCAGCCCAAUGAUAAGAUGUGUUUUUUCAGAAUAGCACAUGUUAAAAUGCUCUCUUCAAUCGAGCAUUUAAUUACUUUCCAAUGGAUCAGGCUUUCUGAAAAAUAAAAAUCUACUUUUCUUUUAUACUUGAUAAUUUUGCACUCAUAAAAAUGCAUUGAACCUAUUUAUGCAACUGGGUUUGCAAAAACUAUUUGUAGCAAACUAGUAGAAUCUGGAUCAGGAUGCUUUUACUCAGCUUUGUACAAAAAAAAAAAAAAAUGUAAUCCAAAUAUUUUACACAUUUAUAGAAAAACUAAAGUUAAAUAAUAUAUAUAGCCUGUUAAAUCAGAUUCUAAAAUACAUACAGCCAUUGGAAAUGUUGCACAUACAGUAUCUAAGAGUAUUUAGUCAUAAUCAUUUAACUGGUUAAGCCAAAGUGCACAAAUCACAGGCAAAUAGGUGAAUAUCAGAGCUAGCAUUAUUUUCUGUAAUACUAAACUCUUCAUCCUGAUUUUUCUAAUUCUAAAAAUCCUUUCCAGCUUUUCUACUAAAUUGAUUUACUUUUACAGUCUAUAUCUCAAAAUGGCUUCUGGAAUUACAGAUCUAUUGAAAUAUGUUGAAAAAAAUUAUAAAAUCUUUUUCUAAGAAAAA